AUGAGUGGGAAUCACCGUCGUCUUGUACCAGGUCCCUCUCCUUCCGAGGAUGACCCGGAGAACUAUCAUGAACAUGAUGAAAAUGGUAGUCCCCCCGAAGGAAGAGGUACAUGGAAGAAGAGGGUUUCAACUGCUUGUCUGGCUUGUAAGAAGUCGAAGAGGAAGUGCUCCGGCACAUCCCCCUGUGCAAACUGUCAAACCUUCAAAAGAGUCUGCAUCUUCGACGAAUCUCUCGACCAACGUCGACGAGUAGCCGCAAAACGAACAGCAGAUGAACUCUCCUACCACCGCGACCUCCUUUCAGAUCUAUUCAGGCUGGUCCGUGAAGCAAAUGAACAAGACGCCCUUCAUCUGUUGACGAUAAUCCGUCACAAUGCCCCCGCUGACGAAAUCCGCGCCUACAUAAAUGAAACACUCGCUUCACCUACCUCGCCCACAUCGACAUCUACUGUCAAGCAGGAAACUGUCGCAAAGCUAGAAGAUAUGCGCCAGCUCAUCAAUGUCGAGGGUACCAGUCCUACUUUCAGAAGAAAGGUUAUGGAUAUCCAUUACCUGUGUGACUCGGCGCCUUGUGAAGUACCGGCAGCGCCGUGGACGAGGGUUACAACGGAUGCGGAUCUGGUGUCGCAUCUUGUGUCGUUGUAUUUUGCGUGGGAUUGGCCGUUUAGUGCGGUUUUGGAUAAGGAGGUUCCGUUUUUGGUUAAUGCGGUGCUCAGUAAUGCUUGUUACUUCUCUGAUUUCUCCGAGGCGUAUGUCGUGCCUGGUGAUAUCUCUUCGAAAGGAAGUGAUUUUCUUGCUGAGGCUGAGAGGCUGAGAGGUGAGGAGAGUUCGCAGCCUAGUUUAGCUGGGUUGCAGGGGACAUUGUUGAUGUAUGAGAGAUAUGCAAUGUCCCGUGAAGACGAUCUGGGCUAUAUCAUGCUGCAUCAGGCUAUCCGAAUGGGCCAGGCACUGGGUAUAGUCGGCAGCACAGGACCCAGAAUGGCUUCUGGUGAGUUAUCCCACGACAUGGAUAUCUCAUGCAAGCGCACAGCCUGGGGUCUGUUCAACGUCGACACAAUGGUCCACACAUCAUUCUUGCGUCCAAGUCUUAUCGACCAUGUCAACAUAGCUCGUCUCGAUAUCAACCAGCCCGAAGAUGAAGCCCUCUGGCAUCCAUACCCAACCCACCGCGACCCGCGCCCGUCAUUCUUCAGUCAGUAUUUCGACGAAGCAUGCAAUCUGUCGAUAAUAGCGCGUGAUAUAUCGCGCAGCAUGUUCGCAGACCAUAGGAGUAAUCCGGCCCUCGGUCCAAUCUACCGUCAGAGCCGGGAGGAUCUAUACGACCGCAUCCGUCGCUGGCACGAUCUUCUCCCGGAAGACUUUGAUAUGCGAUACAGGCCAGCUCCGCAUAUCAUCUUACUAAAAAUGCGCUACCACGCACUCAUCAUAAACCUCUUCAGUUGUAUCUCGGAAGACGAAGUCCCAUCCAUACAAUUCGAGCCCAAAACACCCGAAAGCCCACCGCGCCAUACCCCGGAGCGAAAAUACAACGCGCGGGAAGUAACUCAAAGCGCGGCGCGUGGUAUCGCGGCAUUAACGCGUCUACAUCGACGCGAAUUCGGGGUUAGUCGCGUGCACCAAUUCGCGAUGUACGCGAUCAAUCUGGCGCUGUUUACGAUGCUUGAACAGGAGUCGUUUGAUGUAUUGGAUGAGGAUUUCCUCACUCUUGCCAGUGCAUUCUCGAUUGUUGCGAGUCGGUCUGCGCUGGGGAGAAAUCUGUUUCAUAUUUUCCGACAGUCGGUGAGGGCGAAAGCGCAGGGGUAUCGGAUUCGGGAGGCGAGUUCUGUACCUGAGGAGUUGAAGGAGUUAUUUGAUGAAGAGUCGAAGGCGAGGGGGUGUAGUCGGUUUGAUGAGUAUGCUGAUGGACUUGAGAAAUUGAAUCAGAAGGAUAAGUAUCAUGGAAUUGGAGAGGGAAGAGGAUUGCAAGAUUAUCCUGGUCUUGGACUUUCUGAUAUGUUGGAUCGAUAUGAAAGUCUUAGUCUUGGUAAGGAUGAUGUUUUGGUUGAAAGUCAUACUUGCUCCUACGAAGAAGUCAAACGUGUGCGCGAUCAGAAACGACUGGGUUCCUUAGUAAAACGAGUUGAUACAUAUGAAGCCUUUCUUCGAGAACUAGAAGCCGAGGUCGACCUUCCCACCGCUCGAAAGAUCAAGAAAGCAUUGAAGUCCAAAAGUGGGAAUCCCCCUAGAAAACAUGACGACUCCGAUUCUUCGACAUCUAUAGGCUCACUCGAUGCUAUCGACCAGGUCGACGAAGAUUUGGAUCGGAACGAGGACACUCGUGCUGCGGGCUUUUUUGGGAAGAAUUCAGACGUCAAUUGGAUUCGCAAACUGGAAAGCGGCGUGGGCAUGAAGAGUCCAUCAGAACAAGUGUCGAAUCCUUUCUAUAUGGAGAGUCACCAUGAUCCAACAUCUAUUCAGCAACAGCAGCAGCUAUUGGAAAGGCAAAUUCCUACUUCUAUGAUGGAUUAUCAUUUAGACGGCAUGGAUAUUCCAUUGAUUGAACCAUGCGAUCUAUUAGCUGUGCCCCCGCGGGAAUUAGCAGACCGAUAUCUUGACGCCUACCUGAUCAAUGUCCAUCCGACAUUCAGCGCAAUUCGGAAGACGACUUUUAUCUCCCAAUAUCAACAGUUUUUCAACAAUGCAUCGACACCACCUCCGAAAUGGCUGGCCAUUUUAAACAUGAUCUUUGCUAUUGGUUGUCGAUACUGCCGACUCAUAGAUAACCCCCAAAGCACCGAGGAAGACCUGAUGUAUCUGACCCGGGCGCGCCAUCUCGGCUUGCACAGCAAUGUGCUGUUCGAGCACACCGAUCUCCAGCAGAUCCAACUUGAACUCCUGGUGGCAGUUUACCUACUUUGCCUAGGCCAAGUCAACCGAGCAUCCAAAUUCUCCAACAUGGCCCUCCGCUCAGCCCUAUCCCUCGGUAUCAACCUCCGCCUAACAGAUGACCGUACCAAAGAUGCCGCCAAAGAAACUCGCGGCCGCCUCUGGUGGUCCAUCUACUCCCUCGAACACCUCCUAGCCUCAAUGACCGGCCGAGCCUCCUGCGUCAGCGAAGGCCUCUGCUCCGUCCCCGCACCCCUCCCUUACGAAGAGGAAUCAUUUAACGAACCCUCCGCCAAACGCCUCCUCCAAGACCCAGCCCUCCGCGAAGCCCAACUCCGCUCCACCCUCUUCGAAUCCCCCAAUCAACACCACUCCCCUUCAUGGAUAACCUCCUGUCCACCCUGUCCAUCCCUCUUCUUCAACUUCCUCGUCGACCUAACCCUCAUAACCCACGCCCUCAUGAACAAAGUCUACAGCAUCGAGGGUCUCCGCAAAGGCCCCAGCCAAGUAGAAUACCACGUCCAAAAGUUCAGUCUUCAAAUGGACCGUUGGCUCUUCAAACUCCCCCCCUUCUACCAAUUCACUAUCCCAAACGCCGGACCCUGGCAUCUAAACCACCAACUAGACGACCUCACCAUCCCAUUCGUUCGCGAACGCGUCUGUCUAGCAAUGAACUACUACUCCUCCCGAAUCACCCUCUGCAGACCAUGUCUAAGUCACAUCCACCAAACCCCACGCCACACAGGCGAAACCCGGGGAAAACUCCGCACCGAAAUGGCCACGAAUUGUCUCCAAGCAUCGUGCGCUCUUAUCUCCAUCCUCCCCACGAAUCCGGAUAUGGCAUGGUUAGCACGCGUCGCGCCUUGGUGGAGUAUCCUCCAUUUCCUCAUGCAGGCCACUACCGCUCUAUUACUAGGUUUGGCAUACUGUUCCGGAGCAAAUAUGUCCAGUCCGGACCGUGUGAAUCCACUCAGUCCUACCCCUUCACCGGGAGGUUAUACACUGCUAGAGACGGAUUUGAGUACGGCUGUUGAGGCGACGAGGAAGGCUUUCGCUUGGAUUCAUACCACUGCUUCUGUGGAUCCGGCGGCGCGGAGGGCGUUUCUGCUUUGUGAUGGGAUUAUUAGGAAGAUUGCGCCUGGGUUGGGGAUUGAUUUGACGGAGUGGCCUGAUGGGAGUUCUUUUGAGGGGUUGAUGGGGGAGAGGGAGAGGUCUAGUGGGAAUUCGAGUGGGAAUGGUGGUAGUAGUGGAAGUAAUGGACAUGAUAGUGGGAUGGAGGCGUUUGAUGAAUUGGUUGAUUUUGAAGGUGGUGUCUUUUAG